UAACUUACAUGAAGCAUGUCUGUAAAUAAAUACAAAUGCAUUUAUUUUUCAUUGUAUACACUCAGUAAGCACCAGUCUCAUCUGUUGCAUCAUCGUUUGAGGUCGAGUUUCGUUUCUGCUGAAGUCCCGCCUCACAAAACUACAGUCCAACAUCAUUACAAACCCGUCACAAACUCACAGAGGAACCAAACCACACGACAUGGCCAACCAAGGAUUACGUCACUACGGGCAGAUGUCCAACAGAAGCUCAAAUCAGGAAACAGACCAAAGCAAAGUGUUUGUUCUUCUCCUCAAACUCGGAUUCCUCCCAACACGAUUACACAGGGUUCACCUGGCAGCGAUCCGCUCGCAGUAAAUCCAGCUCUGAAUGAACUGAGACUGGUUCUGCUGGGAAAAACCGGUGCGGGGAAAAGUGCAACGGGAAACACAAUCCUGGGAAACAGAUGCUUUAAUGAUGAAUUGAGCAUGAGUUCAGUCACUAAAGAGUGCAGGAGAGAAUGUGGAACGGUGGAAGGACGAAAGCUCGUUCUUGUAGACACACCUGGGUUUUUUGACACUGACUUAACAGAAGAACAAUUAAAACAAGAAGCAAUUCAUUGCCUGUCCUUGUGUUCUCCUGGUCCUCAUGUGUUUCUACUCGUCAUACCGAUAGAACGAUAUACAGAGGAGCAGCAGCGCACCGUACAAAUGAUUCUGGAGAUGUUUAAUGAGGACAUCAGCAAUCACAGCAUCCUGAUCUUCUCACACGCCGACAGACUCAGAGGAGAAUCCAUCGAAAGGUUCGUUUCGAAACAAAAUCAAAAAGUUCAAGACCUCGUGGAGAGAUUUGGGAGGCGUUUCAUUGCCUUUGACAACACAAACCCUACAAACCGAGAACAAGUGAGUCGACUCCUGCAGAAAGUGGACGAGCUUCUGGUCAUGAAUGAGAAUCGUUACUUCACUAAUGAAGUUACAGAGGCAAUGCAGAAAGCCCAGAAGAUAAUAGAAGAGAGAAUGCAAGCUGUAAUGGAUGAAAGAACAAGAAAAAUAAAGGAGGAGGUCAGAAAAAUGGCUGAUGUUCGUUGGCGUGCGUUUAUUUCUGACAUGAAUGAAGAGAAGCAAGAAACUGAACGAAGAAGAAAACGCAUUCAAGACAGGAUUGAUCGGAUAAAAAUGGAUAUAAAGAAGGAAGAUCAGAACGUGCGGCCGAUUCUAGAAAGAUUGAGACGGUUCAGAGCGUCUCUGCAGAAGGAGCUGGAGAACAUGAUACAACUGGAAGAAAGACGGAUGGAGGAGGAGAGAGAGAGAAAGGAAAGAGAAGAGAGAGAACAGAAGGACCUGGACAUCUGGAUGCAAGAAGAGGAGCAGAGGAGACUGAGCGAAGGAGGACAGAAGAAUCUACUUUCUCUAUAUUGCAAUAAAAAAAAGCUGAUGUUUAUGUUGACCAUGUAUUUGCUUGGCCUUGGAACUGGAUUUGCACCCGCUCUCUUAGCGAUCCUGUUCCCUGCAGCUCCAGCGGUGGAAGCUGGAUUGGCAGCAGGAUUAUUGACCAACUUGUUAGCUGCAGAAGGAUGGGGUUUUGUUUGGGUCGCCGCUGGAGUCGCCAAAGCUGCAGUCCUGACCCACUGCUCCAUCCAGUGACCCGUUCAAAACUGAAAAUCAAGAUGAGUUCACAACUCCAGCAGCCUUACAAAGACAUGUGAACAUAUACAUUCAUUUUCCUAAAUGCAUCCCACUUUAUAAAUCACAGUUCAUCUUAAAGGGUUGCAGCUAACAGGGAAUGUUCUCAGGCUAUGGCUAACAUUCUGGCAAGAUUCUCAUAGUUAUGAAUAUGAACAAACAUUAUUUUUGUACAUUCAAAUUUGCUUUUUGUGAUCAUACACUUUUCCUAUCUGUUUGUAAGAUUAGAAAACUGCAUUCACUACAAUAUUUGUCUAUACAUGAGAAGGCAUAUCAAACAUGUAUGGGGACUUUGGGCUUUAUUGUGUAAAGUAAUGAAGAAUCUAAGAAUCUAAUCUGACUUUUCUAGCAAUCUCUCUGUGUGUGUGUGUGUGUGUGUGUGUGUGUGUGUUGAUUCAAGAGAAAAACCAUAUCUUGAUUUUUUUGUUUUUGUUUUCUUUCACAUUUAUUUAAUAUCAUUUAUUUGGUUUCAAUUUUAUUGCUUCUUAUUUUACUUUUUGCGAUUAUGUCCAACUAUAUUAAUCUAAAUAAAGGGAAGGCAUAUCAAUGUAUAUUGUGUCUCUGGACUUUAUAUUGUGUUGUACCGUAAGGUAUAUUAGCCUAUAUUUCAUAGAUUUUACUUAAAUAAUUAUGAAAUAAGCUUAAAAAACAAUAGGUUUUUAAACUAAGUCCCUAAAUUAGUUGUUUACGCUUGUUUGUGAUUAAUUUCACACUUAAAAUAGCUUUAGAUUGAGUAGCAUGUUCAGAAUAAUUUGAGAGACGCCACACACAGCUGUGUAGCUGUAGAUAUUCUAAUAUAUUAUUACUUGUUUUAAAAUGUGCAGUGAGUGAUUUUUCCAGUUCAAAUGGACACUAAAAAAUUAAAAAGCAAUCUGAAAACACCUAAAGUACGUGUCAUACAGAAGCCCUAUGAUGUAUGAAUGUGAGUGGAAAGCAAGGAUGUGUAUUUCUGCAGUCUGUGUGUGUUUUCAGGGAUGAGCAGCGUUCAUGAGCUGAUCACACCACAUCACAGCUCCGCCUCUGUUAAUCUUUACUCGUCAACUUUUGGCUUUACAAUAUUUACAUUUCAGAGACAAAGUGUUUUUGGAACAUGUUCACAUGAAACAAACUAACACACACAAACAGUCAUGCACUGCUGCUCCUGUCAUUGCAUUAAUAUUUAAUAUGUAUUUAUAAUGUCCAAAUGUCUUAAAUAUGAUUUAUUUAACACUAAGUUAAACAAGUGGGACAUAAUACAAUCAUUAACAUGUCCAGUAAAAAAAUAAAUAUUUUAAUAUAAAUUUAUACAACAGUUCUUUCUGGUCUUUGAAUCUGAUUGGCUGAGAGGUCUUUCCACCAAUAUCACACAGGUACCGUUUUACCGUUUGUAUCACUCCGCAUGUAGUUUUAGAAAUAAUACUGUUUUUGUGUCACGAAAUGUAUAGUUUUAAGAGUUUUUUAUGUGAGAAUGUACUUGUUUAAAUUUCAAAUAUGCGGUUUGUUAAUAAAGAUAAUGUCUAUUUUAAAAUUUGUUUUGCUGUUUUCGGAGAUGUGAGCUCCAGGGCGUCUGCAGUCCUUCUGCGCUCAUAAACCCGCGGAGAGAGCGCCUCACCUCGGCCAGAUCUUCUGGAAUUUACUGCUGCUUCUGAUGUCUCUAUAGUGGUUAAACAUGAGAUAUAAUUUGUUUGGGUAAAUCUAACGGGCAGUCUUUGGUCUCACUAAUCUAUUACUUGUUCCAGAGCAAAUAGUUUUGGUUGAGGGCAAAAUCUUAUCAUGUUAUAUUUUGAUAUAAAUUUUAUUCUGUAUAUCAGAGC